GUUGGAGACUGGAAGCAAGGAAUUAAUAAAUAAAAAAGUUCUUGUCAGUUUGUAAUUGCUUUUAUUUUAUUAUUUUUGUUUUUACCGCGUUCUCAUGGACCAACUAAGCUCGACGUUAGCUGAAUCUUUUCGGAUUUCCUCCAUUCCAAAUGACACAGCUUGCCCUCAUCCGAGAUUAUCCGAGUACAAAAUGAAGCCAAGUAACAUUCCAGACCAGGAAACACGAAGGAAACGCAUUCUUGAGGACCAAAAAAGCCGCCGCAGUGAUAAGAUAAACCAUGCAAGAAGCUUGGUGGAAGUUGAUGAAUGGGAAAUGGAAGUUGAAGUCACGGAAGUUCAGAAAAAAGUACGGAAAAAACGAAACAAUCCUUUCAAGAACCAGCUUAUGAUGUCAGAAUGGUUGGUCGAUCUUCCUCCUAAAUUUUCGGAUGAUUGGAUCAUGGUGAUUUCACCAAUUGGAAAAAGAUGUUUGAUUGUUGCUUCAAGGGGGAGGACCACCAGUUACACGAAAAGUGGUUACAAUCUGAAAAGAUUUCAGUCGCUCUUGCCAGGUGGUGGAUGUGAUUCAGUGAAAUCAUCAGAUUACACUGUUCUGGAUUGCAUUUACAGUGAGCUGACGAGAACGUUUUACAUUCUUGAUCUAAUGUGCUGGAAGGGCCAUCCAGUUUAUGACAGCGAGACAGAAUUUCGUUUUUAUUGGAUAACAGCAAAACUCGAAGAAUGUCUGGGAAUAGCAGAAGAAAGUAGCCAUAAUCAAUUUAAAUUUGUUGCCGCCGAGACAUUUCCAUGCGACAAUUCGUCGAUAUUCGAUGCACUGACCAUAGAAAGAAAACACGAGAUAGACGGAGUGCUAUUUUACCAUAAACAAGCCCAUUAUCAUCCGGGAAACACUCCGCUUGUCGGUUGGCUUAAAGUCUACAUGAUCCCGGAGAUCAUCGGUGCCGAUGUGCCCUCGAGAUUUUUACAAAACAUUCCGAAAGUUCAUAAGCUCACGUUGGCUAAAGAGAACGAGAAAUUUCGCGAGAAAGCGAAUCGAAGACUCGAAGGUUUAGGAAAAGGAGAUACGAGAGUGAAAGAAGACGAUAAUCACGAAGAAGAAAUGCAGUAAAACCACGUUGUGAGGCAUAACAUCUUGGUUGUAAAGAGAUGACAAUGACUUCAUGUUGGAAUGAAGUCGAGAAGGAUGACAUAUGAAAAGUUGCCAACAUAUUACAUCUUCAAGGUUUCUAUUGGAAAAGAUGGAGUUGUAGCUUGAAGACUAACCGAUCUCAUUCCUGUCACACUAGAGACGUUGACGAUGCAACCUUAAAGAAAUUUAUUAUAUGUGAAGUUAGAGAGGGAAUAGUGAAGUGUUUUUAGAGAGGGGUCUAAGCAUCAAAUUCUGACAAAUUGAGCAUGGUUUAGGUGUAGUUCCCCAAACCCCUCCAAUUACCACCACCCUGGUUUGGAGCAUUUCUUCACACCAAGUAUAUUUGCAUGUAAAGAAAAGAUAUUGAUAAAGAACUUUUAUAUAGUUUAUAUUUGUUUGACAUUUUAUCAGUGUGAAACAAUUUCAUUUGAUACCUUUACUUUUGAUGAGAUGUGGCACACAAAGUUGAGUUAUAUGGUAAACUGACCUGAAAAUUUCACUACAGUUAAUCAAAGAACAUUGAACAAAUGUACACUGAAAAAAUUUGCAUGAAAAGCAAA